AAUAACCGUUUGAAAUACACGAGACUUCAAACAGAACCCUUUCGAAAAUCCGUGAUAUCCCUUCGGGAUAUACUUUCCCACAAGAUGGCCGCUAGAUCAUCGCAUGACACCCAACAGGACUUGGCCAUCUCCACAGAUGAUGAGAAAGGGAAUGAGAAGGGCGAUGAAGAAGUAGCCCUCGGCCCCGAAGCACAGAAGCAGUUGUCGAAAACCCCGACCAAUGUUAGCCAUGUUGGCGCACUGGCCAGUAGAACCUUGACCCUAGUCCGCACCAGGGAGUCUGGAAGGGACCUGGGACCUCCCCCCGAUGGUGGCUUCAAGGCAUGGUCUCAAGUAGCCUUGGCUCAUUUCGUCAUCUUCAACACCUGGGGCUACAUCAAUAGUUUUGGUGUGUUCCAAACCUACUAUACCGAGACGCUAGGUCGCACCCCGUCCGAUAUCUCCUGGGUAGGCAGUAUCCAGAUCUUCUUACUCUUCUUUGUCGGCACCUUCUCUGGACGCGCAACCGACGCCGGGUAUUUCAAAGCCAUUUUGACCGUGGGGGCUGUCCUGGAGUUGUUUUGCAUCUUUAUGACCUCCCUGUGCACGCAGUACUGGCAGCUGUUCCUGGCUCAGGGCGUUGGUCAGGGCAUCGGUUGUGGACUGAUGUUCUGCCCGACCAUUGCGCUGAUGCCGACCUACUUUACCAAAAACCGAGCGAUUGCGAUCGGAAUCGUGGCCUCGGGCUCUGCCACCGGCGGCCUGGUCUUCCCAGCGGUUGUCAUGCGACUCCUACCUCGGAUCGGGUAUGGCUGGACCAUGCGGACCCUGGGGUUCAUCUCAUUGGCGACGCUGAUUCCAUGCCUGGUGUUUCUCCAGCAACGACUGCCUCCGCGUCGCAGCGGACCGCUCGUCGAAUGGGGGGCGUUCAAGGAGGCGCCCUAUGCGUUGUUCGCCCUGGGGAUGUUCCUCAACUUCUGGGGCCUCUAUGUAGGGUUCUUCUACAUUGGGAGCUUCGCCCGCAACAUCAUUGGGGUCUCCAACUCGACGUCGAUCGACGUACUUCUAGUCAUGAACGGCAUUGGUCUGCUGGGCCGGUUGAUCCCCAACCUGAUGGCCGACCGGUAUACGGGACCCUUGAACAUGUUGAUCCCCUUCAGUCUGGUGACGGGAGUGGUGGCGUUCUGCUGGGCUGCGGUUCACACUUACGACGAGAUGUAUGCCUUCAGUGCGUUCUAUGGGCUGGCGGCAGCGGGAAUCCAGUCGCUCUUCCCGGCCACCCUGAGCACGCUCACCACGGAUUUAAAGAAGACAGGAGUGAGAAUGGGCAUGGUGCUCAGUGUAGUGGCUGUGGCUGCGCUGAUCGGCACCCCGAUCGCCGGGGCACUGGUCGAUCGGGAUGAUGGACAAUAUCUGUAUGCGCAGAUGUUCAUGGGCAGUGCGAUUCUGGCGGGGACGCUGACCUUGAUUGCCGCGAGAGUGACGAAGCUGGGGCUGACCUGGCAACGAGCGUAGCCAGGAUGACUACUGAAUGGGGAGAAGUGGAAGAUGAGCCAACUGUACAUACAGUAGAAAUCACAGUAAAGCAGUAGAUAAAGGAGUAACUAAGAAAUUACUUAUGAGAUGGCAUGACGAUCACACCAAUGAGCGAGCGCGCCUUAGUCAGGCUCUCCGCCUGGUCUGGGCAACUGGCGGCGUGACUCAAAGCUGUUUUUGGUACACUAUUUAGUUAGUUAUCGAGAAUGUAGCUUACUCAAUGGGGAGGA